AACCUAUUGCUGAUGUUCUGCCACUCUCAUGGUUCUUUUUUUAUUGUUCCCACCAGAAGCUAGAAGAAAAGGAAAAGAAAACCCAAAUACCAAUAGUGUUUUUUGACAUUGGUUUAUUUUGAUAAAUACUUAGAUUAGAUACCUUUCUCCCAUUGUAAGGCUUUUUUCUUUCUAAAACUACAGCCUUUGGUAAGUUUCAAACACUCAAACUUUGGUAAAUUUCUUCCCUUUAUUGAUAAUGUAAUGUUUUUUAUGUUAGUGCAAAGGAAAUGUUUUGCUUUGAACUUUUUUUGUUAGGCUGAAAUUUCGGGGGUUUGGGGUUUUGAAGUUAUGGUCUUUGAGUGCAGAUAUAUGAUCUGUGGGAUGUUAGAAAGCAAAGAAAAUAGUUGGGUUUUGGAACAUGACCAUUUGAAGAUGUCUUGGUUUCACCAUUAUCAUCAAAUCAAGCAAAAAGAUGGCUACUUUCAAUACCCAUCUCCUCUUCUUCUACCCCCUUAUGCUCCUCCUGGUUUUCAUAAAGAUUCAAGCCCUUCAUCACCAUCAUCAUCAUCUGGUUCUAGAAUCAGUCCAGCACUUCUUUUCAUUAUAGUAAUCUUGGCUGUCUUGUUUUUCAUCUCUGGUCUUUUACAUCUACUUGUUAGAUUCCUUACAAAACAUCCACCUUCAUCCACAUCUUCACAAUCUAAUAGAUACCCUGAAAUCUCCACUUCUGAUGCUCUCCAAAGACAGCUUCAACAACUGUUUCACCUCCAUGAUUCUGGGUUAGAUCAAGCUUUCAUUGAUGCUUUACCUGUUUUCCACUACAAAGAAAUUGUUGGUUUGAAAGAGCCUUUUGAUUGUGCUGUUUGUUUGUGUGAAUUUUCAGAGAAAGAUAAGCUUAGAUUGCUUCCUAUGUGCAGCCAUGCUUUCCAUAUCAAUUGUAUUGACACUUGGCUUUUGUCAAACUCAACAUGCCCUCUCUGUAGGGGCACACUUUUCACUCCUGGGUUUUCAAUGGAGAACCCAAUGUUUGAAUUUGAUGAGAUAAGGGAAGAUGAAGGACUCCAUGGUCAAAAAACAAUGGAAAUAGAAGAAAUUGUAGUUGACAAAGGGGUGUUGCCUGUGAGACUAGGCAAAUUCAAGAGGCUAGAUGGUCAACCAAGGGAAUCAUUAGGUGAAACAAGUAGCAGCAAUUUAGAUGCAAGAAGGUGUUUUUCAAUGGGUUCAUAUCAGUAUGUGCUUGGUGCUUCAGAUCUUAGGGUCACCCUCUCUUAUGAUAAACGCCAUGGAUGUGAUGUUAAGCCAUCAGUUGAAGGAAAAAAGAUUAGCAGUGCAAGUAAAGGAGAGAGCUUUUCAGUUUCUAAGAUAUGGCUUUGGUCUAAGAAAGGAAAAUUGUCAACUUCUUCUUCAGAUGAACAAAUGGCUUCAGCUCAGUCCGCCGCCAACAUUCGUUGCGAUGAAUCGCAACUGAAAAACACUUGUGCAACUGCAAUUUUGAAUCCUUCCCGUCUAUGUAGUGUGACAAAUUGUGUAGGUUAUUUCAUAGGUUAAUUUUGGGUAAAUGUACCAUAGAGGCCCCUGUAUUGGGAGUUAGAUUGCAUUUUGUCUCAUUUAUUCAAAAAAUGGGCAAAUUAGUUAUACGUUAGAAUAAAGAGCAAACCGGUUCUUUCUGUUAAAAAUUUCAUCCAUUUCUACUGUUAAAAAUUAGCGUCACUAACGGAAUAAUCAGAUAGUUACACAAGGCAUGCCAUGUGUAUCUCAUGCUGACGUAUAGGACCAGUUUUUAACAGUAGAAAUGGAUGAAAUUUUUAAUAGAAUGAUCAAUUUACUCUUUGAUCUAAUGUACAGGGUUUAAUUUGUCAAUUUUUUAAAUUGAGGCAAAAUGCAAAUUGAUUCGUAAUAUUAUGCUCUAGUAAAAGGUUAUGAUUAAGGGUGAGAAGGUUCUAAUUUUACCACUUUUAGAUCAUGCCAUUUUUCAUUGUUUCUCUUGGGUUGUCUGUCCCAUGUUAUGUUACUCGAAUUCGGGUAUAUCGUUACACACAUGUUCGAAUAUAAAUAAGACACGGGUAUUUCGAAAAAAAUGAAGAGUACUAGUUUCAAGUUUGAAGCAUGGUGGGUGUCCCCUAACUUGUAGGAAUCAUAAAUCUACUUCAAGGUGCAAACUUUUCAUUCAA